CCACAGCCCAUUAUGUCCAAGGCAUCGCAGCCAGAGCUCAAAAAGUUUAUGGACAAAAAGCUGUUCGUUCACCUUCAAGGCGGCCGAAAAGUUAGUGGUACCCUUCGAGGCUUCGACAUUUUCCUCAACCUCGUCCUAGACGACGCUAUCGAGGAGACGACACCCGCACAAAAAAGCCCUAUUGGAAACGUCGUCAUACGCGGUAACAGCGUCACAUUGAUGGAGACUCUCGAAGCUGCAAGAUAGUGGACAAUGCCAAAGUUGUAGAGUGUUGGAUACGCUGGUACUAGUCUUCAUGGGAGCUGUGUGAGCCAUUAAUGUUGAUGCUUCGAUGUGACCAAUAUUCCGUCUUGUGCUUUAUUGAUCAAAAAUGAUUGGUUGUAAUUUCACGGUAGCUACCAUGGCUACUAGCAUUGAUAUUCGUGUGUACUUUAAUAGUAGUCGCAUAGAUUGAAGCUGUCUUUCGCGUUACUUCUCCUAUACAUUGCCAUCCAUCAUGUUUUUGUCAGGUC